AUGCGUGUGAAGGAGUUACAUCCUCUCUGUUGUAUAACUCUAGAGAGUCCACUCGGUUCGUCGGAGGUGACGAAUUUGACUAGGUCGAGGAGUCUUCCGGCGACAACGACUACCGGUGGAUCUGACCGGAAAAAGGUGAGAUCGGAGACGGAAACGGUGGCUGGGAUAUUGUACAAGUGGACUAAUUUUGGUAAAGGAUGGAGAUCUAGAUGGUUCCUUCUCCGUAAUGGAAUCUUAUCUUAUUCUAAGAUCCGUCGACCGGAGAAUUUGAAUCUGAUUUCUAAUUCCGAUGAUGUGAAACUAAUCGGAGAUAUUUCGAAUAAUCGUUUAACGAGGAUGGAUAGUUGUAGUGGUCGUCGGAAACACCAGAAAACCGUCGGCAUUGUUCAUCUUAAGGUUUCGUCUUUCAGAGAAAGCAAGUCCGAUGAUAGAAAGUUCUAUAUAUUUACAGCAACCAAGACUCUUCAUCUUAGGACUGAUUCUAUAAGUGAUAGAGCAGCUUGGUUACAAGCUUUAGCUUCUACAAAAUGCAUUUUUCCUCUCCGGUCGCUUAACGGGGAUUUCUCCUUCUUGCCGCCAAAGGAUUUGUCCGUAUCCGCUGAGAAGCUAAAGAAACGGUUGAACGAAGAGGGAAUGAGCGAGAAUCUUGUGAAAGAUUGCGAACAGAUCGUGCUAGCAGAAUUUUCUGAAAUGCAUGGACAAAUUAAGCUUCUUCAUGAAGAAAGGACGAAUUUGCUUGACGCAUUGAGGCAGCUGGAGGCAGCUAAUCUCGAAGCUGGAGCAUCAGGGAUCGAUGACAAUGUCUACCAAUUAACAAAGCAUGAAUUUUCAAGCCUAGGACGUGGAAAGUAUAGUGAAUGCAGCACAACUGCUUCAUCUGAUGACAAACAAGAGUUUGAGGAUGUGUCUGAGGAGGAUGAGCCUUCUUUCCAUGACACAAAGGAGUACUUCAAUGAAUCUAAUGUCGGUUCGGGAUCCAAUCUAUCUAAUUCUUGUUACACAGAUAUCAAGAGAAGAACGAAACUUCCUGAUCCAGCUGAAAAAGAGAAAGGUGUCAGUCUUUGGUCUAUGAUCAAAGACAACGUUGGAAAAGAUCUCACCCGAGUUUGUCUCCCGGUGUAUUUCAAUGAACCAAUAUCAUCCCUCCAAAAGUGCUUUGAAGACAUGGAGUACUCUUAUCUUCUGGACCGAGCAUACGAAUAUGGAAAAUCUGGGAACGGUCUCCUAAGAGCCUUGAAUGUUGCUGCUUUCGCGGUCUCUGGAUAUGCUUCUACUGAAGGCCGGCACUGUAAGCCCUUUAACCCUUUGCUUGGAGAAACCUAUGAAGCCGACUUUCCUGAAAAGGGAAUUCGUUUCUUCUCCGAGAAGGUCAGCCACCAUCCAACUGUUAUCGCCUGCCACUGUGAAGGUAAAGGGUGGAAGUUUUGGGGUGACACUAACCUCAGGUCAAAGUUUUGGGGGAGAUCGAUUCAAGUCGAACCUGUCGGGGUUUUGACUCUGGAGUUUGAUGAUGGAGAAGUAUUUCAGUGGAGCAAGGUCACAUCAACUAUAUACAAUAUCAUAUUAGGUAAACUUUACUGUGAUCAUCAUGGGGUGAUGCAAAUCCGUGGGAACCACCAAUAUUCUUGUACGCUUAAGUUUAAGGAGCAAUCCAUUCUUGAGAGAAAUCCUCACCAGGUAAAUGGUUUUGUAGAAGACAUAGUUGGGCAAAAAGCUGCAACGGUAUUUGGUAAAUGGGAUGAUAGCCUUUACUAUGUCGCCGGUGAUGGAAUUAGCAAGACGAAAGUUAGUGAUCCCGCAUCAAAUGCCUCGUUAUUGUGGAAAAGUACCAAACCACCGCCUAAUGUCACUAGAUACAACUUAACUUCAUUUGCGAUUACUCUGAACGAGCUAACACCUGGUUUGCAGGAGAUACUUCCUCCCACAGACUCUAGGCUCAGACCAGAUCAACGGCAUCUCGAGAAUGGUGAAUAUGAGAAGGCGAACUUAGAAAAACAACGGUUAGAAAGAAGACAAAGAAUAUCGCGGAAACUUCAGGAAAGCGGGUGGAGACCGAGGUGGUUCGAUAGACAAGGAGAUAGUGAAACCUUCAAAUACGCGGGGGGUUACUGGGAAGCACGAGGACAGAGGAAUUGGGAUGAUUGCCCCGACAUCUUUGGGGAGUUCACAGAAGAGCUAGCAGAUUCUGCUUAA